AUGGAGACCCCUAUAAAAAAUCUUCCGUGCGCUACUUGCCGACGUCGUAAAGUUCGAUGCUCCAAGACUCAACCUUGUACAAACUGUGCUCGGGCCAAGAUCGAUUGUCAUUACAAUGAAGAUCCAACAGGAGACACAAGUUCUGUCAAUGCUGAUCUCCUCAGGAGAUUGAUGAAUCUUCAGGAUUCCAUCACGAAGCUGACUAAAGGCCCGCGAAAUACUGACCAGAGCCUUCAUGAUAGUUCCGUCAGCGGGGUUAGAGUGGAAAGUAUCAUUAAUACGUUGGAAGACUCUCUCCGAAGAUUGCAUAGAAUCAACGAGCGAGAAAAUCAGUCGUCUCAUACCGGAAAACUAUGUUUCCGUGAUGCACAUACGAGGUAUAUUAAAGAGACAUUUUGGGCUGGUCUUUACGAUGAGGUUGAAAGUCUCAGCUUUCUACUGGAUAAAGCUGCUCCUGAAAGAAGAUUACAAGAUCCUACUUCACUUUUCAUCCAACCUCAACAAUUCCUUGACUUAGGAAUGUACAUAACGCCUAGGAAAGUAUCGGAUUUUCUCAUCAAUCACUACCUAAAGAAUGUCGAUCCAUUUAUUCGCCUCUUCCACAAACCUCGCUUCAGGCUUGAUUUGGACCAAUUUUAUCGACAGGAAGAAUCAUUCGUGUCCCAGAGAGGAGAAUUUGAGACACUUCUCUCCUCUAUAUAUGCAUUUUCCGUGCAUUCACUUCAUGAAGAGGAUGUCCUGGUCUAUUUUGCCGAAUCGAAAGAGAUCGUAAUCAACCGGUACAUUACCACCACUCGGAGGGGCCUUGAGAGAAUCAGCAUUCUUUCUACCCACUCCUUGACGGCGCUCACAACAUUUGCUUUAUACAUUACGUUACUCUCGGAAAUAGACAUCUCAGGCCUCGAGUGGACAUCCUUGAGCGGCCUAUCUCUGAACAUAGCAACCCGGCUGGGUAUACACAAGGACGGAGAGGCGUUCGGUUUGAGUCCUUAUGCCGUGGAAAUCCGCCGUCGACUAUGGCAUUACCUCUGUAUGAUCAACGUGCGAGCUCUUCAAGUUCACGGCAUCGAGCCAUUUCCUGUUUCAGCUUUUGAGGUAAAUGCUACAAAGCUACCACAAAACUCGCCGGAUAUUGCUUGGGAUGCUUGCGAGUUCAGCCGCAAGUUGCCCGUCGCGAUUUCUGGUUGGACCGAAAUGGUCCCAGUUCUAGUUUCUUACAAACUGUCCGCGCUGGAGCGGACCAUGCUUGAAACGAAUAUACCAGAACAUGGCUCGGAGGAAGCCUACCUAGCUAAAUGCGAUCAGGUAUUGCAGGAUGCAAAAUCGGAGAUUUUGGUCUAUUACUCCCAGAAUCUUUUGGACAAACCGAUACACCGAAUUACGAAAGACUUGAUGGAUCUUACCUUUCAAUAUCUCUGGUUUAUCGCAAGGCGAUCCUUAUUGAAACACAGGAUAUGGGCGACAUGUGAACUGCGCAGAGAGCUGUUUCGAAAAGCUCUUCAUAUUUCGGAAAUGGCCCGCUCUCUCCAAGGUGUUUAUUCCGCACACUACUGGGACUGGGUUUUUCACAGUUUCUAUGAAACUACUAAAUGGCAUCUUGCGUCAACGAUCUUGAUAUAUCUGUCUCAGCACACAGAGCAAGAAGACCUCGAGGUGCAGCGUUCUUGGACUCAGAUAAAUCUCAUCUUUGGUCAGCGGAGAGACGACCAAAGUGUCCUAUGGAAACCGCUUCUUGCUCUCAAACGUGAGGCCGAAAUUCGUCGUGAUGAAGCCCUGGGAGUUGACAAUGGAAAUGCCCUAACAAACAAUAAUGAUGAUAUGUGGCAGGCUCAGUCAGAUGCAGCUAUGCAUGGAUUAGAUCCCAUCUUCGGUCAAAGGGUGGACCCCGAAUUCCCUUUAAACCCAGAUCCUGGCAUACUUGAUGACUUCUAUGACCAGACGAUAGAUAAUCAGGCGUGGUAGAUUGUACACUGAUUUGAAGAAAAACCAUGUCUAGCUUACAACGUCAAUUCUAUGAUACGUCGUUUCAAUGUUUUUAUAUUGGCUUAUCAUGGUCAUAUGAAUACCUCUCGGCUACCUAGAAUCUAGGGAUAUAUUUAGUACAGCACAUAU